UGGAAACCGAAUUCCGCGACUCGUAAGGUGACAUCUUAAACGCACAAAUGGUAAAUGUUGCUUUAUAAUGUAGGUGCGGCGAAGAAUUCAUGAAUAUUCUAAACAAGACAGAGACAUCUCUAAGGGGAAAAAAUAGCUCUAGUUUGCUUGCUUCGCCUAUGCUUAAAAUGUUUGCCGGCCAUAGGGAAGAUUCAAAUUAUGAAUCGCACUACUUUAAAACAGAACCAAAUAGAGAGAAGUUAACUGAGUGGAUGGGCCUAAAUACCUGUUUUUAUUUGUGGUUUUCUAGUUGGUUACAAACAUGUCAACUAUGAAAAAAGCCUAUAAAAGGCAAAUGCGUUACGAUUUAAAGUCAAACUAUUACUGGCCAUUUACGUUGUCGCAUCAACCAAAAACACAGAAUCGAAAUGAAAUUCAUCGUUCUUUUCGCUGCUCUCUUCGCCGUUGCCUUGGCUGCUCCCCGCCCCGACGCUGAAAUUCUUAGGAAUGAAUCCGAAGUUGGUCCUGAAUCCUACAGCUACUCUUACGAGACCAGUGAUGGCAACAAAGCCCAAGAAGAAGGACUAUUGAAAAACGCUGGCUCCGAAAAUGAAGCCAUCUCUGUUACAGGCCAAUUCUCAUACGUUGGUGAUGAUGGCCAGACCUACACUGUCACCUACACAGCCGAUGAAAACGGUUUCCAACCCCAAGGUGCCCAUUUGCCAGUUGCCCCUGAAGCUUAAGAUGGACC